AUGAUCUGGCUAGAGCUAGCUGCUUCUUUCGUGAUUGCGGUUGAGUGCUUGCUAUACUUACUAAAAGUGAUCAGACCAAGUUUCUGGUUCUACAUGUCGAUCUUAUUGAGCUGGUCUAUUCAGGUACAGUUGCUACUGCAGAUUAUCAUCAAUCGAGUACGCAUUAUCUUGGCGGACAAACGAAAGGGCCGUUUCCUCAUGAUCGGCACUGCCAUCAUCGUCACGAUGAUCAACAUUAGCGUUUUCUGCAUAUGGAUGCCUGCGCGUCUCCAGAUAAGCAACCAGUGGAUCCAUAUUAACAACAUCUGGGACCGUAUCGAAAAGGUCUUGUACUUGUGCAUUGACGGCUUACUGAAUUUCUAUUUCAUACGCGUAGUUCGAGCAAAUUUGGUCAAGAACGGUCUUGAAAAGUACAACAAGCUUGUCCUAUUCAACCAGCACAUGAUCGUCAUCUCCAUGCUUAUGGACGUCACGAUCAUAGCUGCUAUGUGGAUCCCGAACGGCUUCGUAUAUGCCAUCUUCCACCCACUCGCAUAUCUUGUAAAAUUGAACAUCGAGAUGUCUAUGGCGGAUCUUAUCAAAAGGAUAGCGACAGAUCGUUCACGCAACAGCGACCUGCUCAUCAUCCCCAACUCCUACAACAACCGCUCCUCCCAUGACUCGAAUUCGAACUCGAACUCGCUUCACCCUAGCCGUCAGACCAUAUCCAUACUUAGGAGUGUUUUCGGCAGAGACCAACCCUCCCCAUCUCUUGCAGGCAGUGCGAACAACGGGAUCUUUAUGACUGAAGAGUUCAGAAUGCACAGCGAGCCCCUAAAGGACUUAGAGUUGCAGCGAGGACUUCAGUAUGAACAUAGGGAUCGUGACGGGUCAAGCGUGCUCAGCUUCGGCGAUACUGUCGGGUGGGCCAACAUGCAUCGGUCAAGAAACGAUCAAGCAGAAUGUGACACAUCAGGUACACAAAACCCUCCGAAGGCUUCGUCUGCGAAUGAUGAAGUACACCUCAUUCGACCUGCACCAGCGGUACUACGACAAUCUUGA